GUUGGGUGUCAUUUUCCGUAUUGCAUUGCGUAUUAUGUCUGUCCCCCUCCCUCCUUUCCUGAUAUGCUACGGAGACUUUUAUGCGCUAUGUGACCUGCUGGACCUGACCGGUAUGCGAUGCUAGGGGUGUGGAAGUGGAUGUACUUGAAGUAUUUUGGGAUUGGGAUUGGGAUUGGGAUUUGGGAGACCUUUUCUGAGUCCGAGUCCUACCUAGGGACCUCCACGUGCCAAGGAGGGUUGCAUGGGCCAAAUCCGGGCGUUUUGUUGUGUUACAAGUUGGCAUUAUAUCCGUCAUGUUAUUGGGCCUCUCUCUGUGUGUGCAUGGCCUGGCCUCUUCGGUACCGACGUACGUGGUCCUGCCGGCUCCUACGGCUACGGAUAACAAAGAAAAGAGCGAAAUCAGGCUCGGGUCAAGACUCACGCCGGCUUCUCAGGGAGUCAGGGAGGAUUUGGACCCUCGUCUGCUCUAGUGGCAAAUGGUACUGUUGCCAGGAGUGGCGGAUGAUCAGGAGCGAGAGGAGAGGAGAUGUGAUGAAAUGAAAUGAAAUGAGAGGGGGAUUGAAAAAGGGAAAAGGGUCACGGAAAAGGGCGUGGGUCUGCGUGUAUGUACAGUAAAAGGUGAGUAGAUGGACGGAUAUCAUUCUCAGCUGUAGGCAGGCUGUGGACAAAGUGUUGAAAUAUUGGAUGCAUUCAAUUACCACCAACCUUGACGCUGCAGAUCAAACAAUGGCCCCCAAAUCAUUGCAGGCAAAUCACCA